AUGAGCCACUUGAAGUUCAAAAGCAUUGAGGUUGAGGAGGCAGGAAAACGACUUGCUGAUCCUCUUACUUUUAGGAUUCAGCUGGCAUGCACCGAAGAGAUAAGAAGCGGAGUGGAGUUUGUUGUUCUAUACAACAUGGAUGUGCACUCGGACAAGAACGACCAGGUGCUUUCGGAGAUUGAGGUUGCGCCCAUUCCAAAGGGAAAAGUGGAGUUUACGAUUGAGGCGGAUGCGCCAAAUGUGGAUCUUAUUCCACUUGACAAGCUGUUUGGCUUGACGAGCAUUCUUAUAGUUGGGAAGUACAAGGAACAGCAGUUUGUAAGGAUAGGAUACAUCGUUGAUGUUAGCUAUCCGGGGAUUCCCAGCGGCUUGCUGGAGAACAAUGAGCAGGGAGAUGAGUCUGAAGAGAUUACAGAAGAGGAGGGUGUUGAUGAGUCUGAUGGAGAUGAGGACAUAGAAGAUGAAGGAGAGGAUGAAGAAGACGGAUCUGAGGAUAUGGACGGCAAUGAAGAGAAUGAAAGGAUAGAAGAAGCAAAGACAUUGAUUGAGAAAGCAGAACAACGAGCUAUCGAUGGCGAUGAACGAGUUUUUGGGUCGGAGGGAGAAGCAGAGGAGAUGGAGGAAGCAGUUGGAUCUGAUUCGUACUCUGAAAUAAACAAAGAGUUGAAUAUGAGUGUUGGAGAGCACUGCAAAAAAGUCAAUGGAGAGAACAGCGAUGUAUUUGAGUAUUGUGGAUACUCAAUCGAUAAAAGGCUGAUUGAAAUGAAAUUAAUGAUUCCACCGGUGAUAAGUUCAUUCGAAAUAAACUGGGAGGAUGAUGCUUGUGCUGAUGGCGAUCAGGAAGAGGAAUCUGACAGGGAGCAUGCCUCGAAGAAACACAAAGUUGAAUAA